GUGUAUGACAUUCCUGCAGUUUCCAGCUGGUGUGCCAAAAUCCGUUCAGUUGUGGUGUGGCUCAAACGUUCAUCCUUGAGCAAAACUGUGCUCAGAGAAAAGCAGCGAAUCCUGAAUUUGCCACAGCAUAAUGUAAUUCUUGACGUUAAGACGCGCUGGAAUUCUCUCUUCCUAAUGGUGGAGAGAUUUAUGGAGCAGUUUGAUGCAAUCCAGGCAGCUGCUCUGGAUCUACGGCUGAGGAAGCCUAUUGAGAAGGACAAGCUAGAAAGGUUCAUGCACACCGAUUUAAUGAAGGCAGAGGAGUUUAUUAAGUGCAUGCAAGUCCUGUACACGUCAGCCAUGUGUGUGUCAAGUGACAAGUCACCCACAUGCAGCCAAAUCAUCCCCAUCCUGGCCAAGCUGGAGGCACAUUUCAGACGAUGUGAUGAAGACAGUGUUUUCACCUCUUCAAUAAAAGAGAAAGUCUGGGGUAGUCUGCAGAAAAGAUAUCAGGAUGAAAACCUUCAGAAAUUUCUGAAGGAGGCCACGAUGAUGGACCCAUGUUUUAAAGGCAGGCUAGGUGGUGAGACAGCUACUGACAUCUGGGACAGGUUGGAGAAGGCAGCAGUUGCAAAUGCCACAGCAGCAGUUGCACAGCCUCCCACUGAGGACCCCAAAGCACACAGCGAGGUGGAUGAUGCUGACAUGGACAAGCCAGAAAAAUAUCUAAGUAAGGUCCAGAAGUCACCCUUAGAAAAGCUGUUUGAGGAUGAAGACAGAGAGCUUCAACAGGCUGCUUCUCAAGCGGGUAGAGUCCCCUCAAUCACAGAGCAGGUACAGAAGGAGCUUCAAAUAUACAAAAGACUGCCAGGAAUUACCUCUGGACAAGACCCUGUGGCCUGGUGGUGGAGUAAGAGGGAUACACUCCCCAAUUUAUCUGCCCUAUCAGAAAAAUACUUGUGUGUCCCAGCCUCAUCAACGCCUUCUGAAAGAGUUUUCUCUUGUGCUGGGCAUGCCAUCAGCCAAGAGCGAUGCCGUGUAGCUCCAGAAAAGGCUAAUAUGAUUAUCUUCUUGCAAAAAAACUGCUAAACAUCACAGGUUUCAUGACAAAGUUUGUGUUUUCAAUUGUUUAAGCACUGGUUCCAACCAAAGAAGUUAUGUUUUAUUGACAGAAAGGGCUAACUUUGUUAUCAUUUUGCUUAAAAAAAAUUACUGGGAAAAA